AAAGUGGGGGCGGUGGAAGAAAAGAUUGGCCGGCCCUUUCCUUGUUUUUUUUUCUGUGCUGCGUGUUGUUACCUAGCAACGAACUAGCCAAACUUGCACUGAGGAGCGCAGUGGAACCUCGCUCUUUUCUACAAAUAGGCUUGCAUAGGGAACGGGCAGAGAGCGGCCCCGCUGCUUUUUGGAAGGAUUACCUAUUUUGCAAAGAAGGGUUAAUUAAAAGACAUCAUGAAUACAGACUUUGUAGUAGUUACAGCUGCAAAAAGUGGGAAUUCUGUCAAGUUGAAAGCCAAGAAUAUACAGGAACUACGUGUGGAAAAUAUGCAGCUUGAGAUGCAAAAUCAGGACAUGGAAGAGAAGCUGAAGCAACUACUAGAAAGCAUGAGCAAGGAGAAAGAAGAACGAGUGCAAUCAAAAGGCUAUCACUGGAAGUCUGGCCAAGCUGGUAACCAAAGUCAGGAUAAAGAGAAUAUGGUAAAGGUUUCCUCUGGAAGAAUAAAACUGAAAAUCCUAAAAGAUUCAAUGCCAGAGCCUGAGAUGCAGAAGGUAGACUCGAAAAUGGAUAAUGUUAUCGGCCCUGAUAGGCCUAAAGUGAAAGGGAAAGCCUGUGGACAAUGUGAAGCAAAGAGUGCGUUACUGAUGUGCUUGGAGUGUGGAGAAGAUUAUUGUCCUGCCUGUUAUGCGAAAAUCCAUCAGAAGGGGGCAUUAAAACUACACAGAACUAGGCCUAUUCAGAAGAAAACUCAGAGAGAAGUUUCACAGCAAAGCAGAGAGAGGAAUUCUAAUGAGCCAAAAGACAAGCCAACCAGUGGCAACAAAGUGUCUACUGGUUUCACUGCUUUUAACGAGAAGCAAGAAGUAAAGGAACAGGUGCCCAGUGUUGCAGUAAAUAGGGAUGCUUCUGGCAACAGAGAAUCAUUGCUUCAAGGGACUUUUAAUGAGGAAGAAUCUGCUAAGUCAUUUAAUGAUGUACUAAUGGAAUGGAGGAGGGGACAACAGAACCCAAAGAAGCAUUGUUCCCUACAGGCAGCAACAGAUUGUACUGGAAAUUCAGAAUCUCAAACUGUGAUGACAGUGCUCACAAAGCCAUUUAAAGUGGAGUUUGCAGAAAACAGCCUUACUUACAUGGAGAAACUGAUGCUUAAAAAACACAGAAGAACUCCAGUGAAUCGUGCAAGCCGCCAGCAGCAAGAUAAAUGUGGAUGUUUCCCGACCUCUGCAUCAGAGCAUGAACUGAAUGAGAGCGAUGGCCUGACAGCUGAAGAAAUGGAAGACCAUGAGCACUGUGCAGCUUUGUUCAAGCCAGAGAGAUGUGUAAAGAAUGAUGUGAGAUAUAAACCUGCUUUGAAGAUUGUGGAAUUAGAUAAGACUCCAGAUGAAGAUCUUGAAGAAUCUACAACUUGUUUGGUUUUUGAAGAUGACAGUGAAUUAAAUAACCAACAAAGUUUUUCAGAUAAGGAAAACCACAACAGUCGGACUGUUUAUGCAAAGAUUUUAGAAACUUCACCUAUUCAAGCAGAAACAAAGAGGCCAAAAACUCUACCGCAAUCAACAUCCUCCAUUAACAGAAACAAGGCUUUUAGGUCUCUUCAAUAUUCCUCAAUCCCACACAAAGAAAUGACACAAGAUCAUCUGCUUACAGCCCCACAGAUUAAGGACAGCAAAUCAAUGGAAUACAAAAGCUUUAAUGACAACCAGAGUUUGGAUUCAGCUUCAGCUGGAAAUGUGUCCGAGCAGAAACUUAGAAGCAUUGCUCUCAGAGAGAAAAGUGUGGUAACUGACUAUCAAGGCCUAAAGGGUUUUUUUGUAUUAAAUGUUGAGACAAAGGAAGUGAAACUGGACCACAGGUCACCAUCUCCUGACCCCAAAACUGCAGAUGAUAACAUCACCUGUAAAGGUAGUAACCACUGGAGACCCAGCAGCAGCUUAAGCAUGUGUGCAGAUGAGGCUGUUGUUCAGGACAUUGUGGAGAAGGCACAGCUGCAAUAUAACAACUGUUUAUUGGAGCAAAGUUUUAGUCCUAGGCAGUCCAAUGGCAAAAUGAAGCAGAAACUACUGGCAGGCAGUCCUUCUGUAAGAGCCUAUUCAGCAAAGUCUAUACGCAGGAUAUCAGAAUCACACACUAUUCCACGCCCAAGCUCUGCAGCAGCGAGACCAGUAUCAAGGACAGCAAGUGAGAUUUCAGAAAUAGAAUAUAUUGACUUGACAGAUAGAGAUGACCCACUCUUGGAAGUUGCUGAAGAACAAAAAGUUCUUGCUGGCUUGGAAAAAGAAUUGGAUGUCUUACAAAUUGAUUCAGACGAGAAGGGAUCCUGGCAUCAAGAGAAUUCUUACAAUGCAUUCCAGUUCAACGCAGAAGGCAAGAAUUUAUCCCAUUUAAGUGACACCUAUCAAAUCAAAAACAGAGCCAUAGACCAUAGCUUGCCCAUGCAUGUUAGAGGAUCCCUGGAAAGCCAUGAUGAAGAAAGUUAUUCAGAUGGUGAUGAUGAUGCUCUGCAGGAUAGGCUUAAUGUGCUGUCACUUCAAUAGAAUUUAGCUCCAGAGCCCUUAGAAGAACUGAAAGUCCUGUUGAUUUUUCCAUUUUCUAUUGAUUUCAUACUGUUUCUUAAUUUCUCAUGUGAGUCAGUUGCUUUUAAAGACCUACAUGUAUGAAAAUGUAUUAGGUAUUUAUAAAAUGAUUCACUCUACUGUGAAAUGAUUAUUUUUAUUGCAUUUGUUUUCAGUGUUUCAUUUAAUGUUGCUAAUAAUAAUCUUUCACUGUAUCCAUUUAUGCAGUCUUUUCCAUAAUGGGCGCAGUAUGGCUGUCUUACAGUUAAUAGGGACUUAAUAAGUUAUUAUCUGUGGGAAUUGCUUAGCAGUAACUAGUGGUGAUAUUGUCAACAUUGUUUUGGUCCCAAAGUGUAAGAGCAAUGCUCAGUGUGAGGCUUAUAUCUGCAAUGCAUUUUACUUCAGCAACAAUUUACACUUUGAAUUGGUAUCAGCUUUGCAUGACAGACUGCAGAUCUCGGUGUGUACUUACGGAAUAUACCAUAAGAACGGACAAUUGUGAAAAGGUUGAAGAUGUGACGCAAAAACACAGUGCCUGUUUAAUAAUCAAGAAGGGUAAAGCAUUUUUGUUCAGCUUUGAGGCUCUUCUUACGAUGUAUACUAAAUGCACAUAAAGAUUAUUUAAACCUAUGCCUGCCUUCCUCAGUUCUGAGAUCGGAAAACACAUAUGACGCAAGAAAUACAAUAUACAGAUGGUACAAAAUACAUUAAUAUAUGUCACAUUUUAUGUAAACUGCUUGAAUGCUACUUGUAACUCCCAAUAAAUAUUUUUUAUCUGUU